UGGACCACGUUGCACUGCCCUUCGGCAGUUUUGCUUCUGUUUAUUGUUUAGCCACUUUUUGUUUGAAAUUUUAAGUUAAUAAAAAUUCGUGCUUCAAAAUUCAUGCUUCAAAAUUCACGCUUAAAAUUCAUGCUUCUGGGACAGUUUUAAAGGUUUUCUCUUCAUUCUCUCUUUCGGACUUAUCGACUGCUUGUGCCACAGCUGUGUGUACUGUGUAGCACGGUACCAGUAACAAUUUGGCUCCUCAGUCCUGCAUCAAUUGUAAUGUUUUCUCUUCCAUCUGCGAGCUUGACUGCUCAAGGUUCAUGCAUGCUUGUGAGGCAGUGCAACUUGACAGUUGGUAUUAAAAUAUUAUAGUUGCAUCCGCUAUCUCGAUGGAUGUGGAGAAUCUGCUGAAAACCCAUACAGUUGCGCAGCUCAAAGACAUCGAAAAAAAACUGCGCACCGAUGUCGAGCGCAAAAAGGAGGAUUUGCGCCAGCUGGUGUCCAACCGCUAUCGCGAGCUGAUUGAUGCUGCCGACAAAAUCAAAGGGAUGCACGGGUCAAUUUCCAGUGUAACCAACCAUCUGCAUAUGGUUCAUCAGUUAUCCGUACAAGCGAAACCGGAUAAAUCCCGAUCUCAAACGGAAAACACGGCGAGCAUUUUGGAGCCGUCGAUUAGUCAACUUCUCCGCGAUGCACCGGAAAUCAUUUUCCGCGCUCUGGAGAGCGACGACGUGCUGAUGGCAGCAGUCGUGUAUUCCUUCGUAAAGAACGUCGUCUGGCAGUGGAACGUGGGACCCGUGGCCUUCACGCAGCAGCCGCAGUGGCUGUUUUUGCGGUCCUAUGGGAACUUUAUUUCCAGUCAUCUGCACCUUUUAUUCGAGAAGAUCGAAUAUGAUGCUUUGGAGUGCAGUCGAUAUUUUUGUGCUUUUUUAAUUAUGGCGAAUUCCACUAAUGCUCUGGAUGCUCUGAAGAGUUUUUUGGAAAGACGCCAGCGUGUUUUGGAUAAUUUAUUGACCAGCUCAUCCGCGUCGGUUCGUGACACGUUGCGUGAUUCGCUGCUGUGUUUGCUUUCCACGUUGAGAACCGUCCAUGAGGUGUUUGUGACACAUAAUUUAUUGAAAUUUAUGGAUAGUGAAGUGGUGGAAUUGAGAGCGAUGAUAUUUUCCAAGUUUUUUCCCGGAUUUGUUCCGCUAUCGGAAUUCGGAGUUUCAUACGAUGGCAUUUUGAAUUUUGGUGAUGACGAUCAGAAUUUUGAUUUGGUGUUGGAAGUGCGGAGACAACUAAAAGAGUGGCUGGAAGGGGUGCUUUCCAAAUUCAGUGCCUUGGUAAAUGUAUUGUUGAGCUGCGUCCCGUCAAUUCAGUCCGUGCUGACCGUGAGAAAAUGUCUUGGAGCGCUUCUGUCCGACGAAAGCCGGAAAUCGCCUUCUGUGAAAUUCCUGGCUAAAGAUUUAGAUAUCAAUGUCAUUGAUGUGUAUGGACGCUUUGAUUUUGCAACGAAGCAACGGUUUACGGAGUUAGCGAACGAAAAACGAGUUGAUCUGCUGCAGAAUGUGACUGAAAAAUUGCGAAGGUAUUUGGGCGAUUCCAGUGCUCUCCAUGGAUCUGACGUGUUUUUUGUCGCUUCAUUGACCGGCUUAGAAAUCGGAAAUCAUUUGACAACCUCUGGAACACGGUUCCCAGGUCGAAUAAAACGUACUUCCGCAGCCUCGAAACCGAAUUCACCUGUUGAUUUUCGGCUGGACAUCGUUCAACACAUUCGCAGUGGGCUUUCUUCGUUGCUAUCGGACAUGCGCCUGGCAGAUUUAUCGGACGAGCUGGAAACGCAUUGGUUGGAUAAUGAGUUUGUCACCGUGUUCGCUGCCUUUUUUAAAGAUUUUACAGAUUUAAUUGGCUCGCUUAUCCCCCGCUGUAAUGCCGGUGCCUUGGUGGCUCUCCACCGAAUCAUUCGCUUUCUGAUUGCGCACAAAACCGAGUUUAUUGAUGAUCAGAUGCGCCAACUAUUUCGAGAAAAUGCCCUGAACGGUGUGACGAGCAGUUUAGAAGCUUGUGCUCAGGCAGUCUUUCAGCAGUGGCUGUCCAUCGUUCUACAGAACUGGAAACUAUCCACACUGGAACAAAUACAGCAGGAUCUGGAUCCGGUCAUGUGGUCGCUGCGGUGCAUUCCCUUUGCGAAAGUAACGGUUGACGAGACUAACGAAGCUGGUGAAGCAGUGAAAUACGCCAUGAAUAUUCCCGCCAAAACGUCACUUACUUUCUGUCAGUGCUUGAAAAGUCUUCACGAUCAGUUACUGGAUUUUGCCAAUGGCCAACCGAAAUCGUUAAUUAACGAUGCUGCCAUCAAUCGGUGCUUUAUGGUCUUAUCGCAGUGCUACGACGAAGCUCUACGACCACCAUCGCGCUUAACCAAAAAUCAAGCUUUGCAGAUGAUCUUUGACGUGAAGACGGCGAUGGCUCUAGCACGAGGAAGAAAGGCCUUUCCCAUUGGGAAUGUUCGGAGCAUGCAGGCUGUAGUGGAUCAGAUUGCGCAGUUCGUCGAUCCCAUUGAUUACAACGUGUUCUUGCCGUACUUGGAACGUAAUGUGGCGGUGCAUGCGGUGGCCAUUAAAAAUUUAUUUCUUGUAUUGACCGUUAUUGAUAAUGUUGCAACGGGAAUUUCGCAAUCAACUGCAGAAAUCGGGAAAGUCGAACAAACUUCGUUAACAGUUUUUAAGCCGGUCUGGUUUUCUCAGUUGCCUGUAUCGAAUUCUGUAGCAAAAUCUUAUGAGAAAGAAUAGAUUUGUGCAUGGGAAAGUUUAUAAUAUCGAAUAGAUAUUCGGUGAAGUUACAAAA